AUGAGACGAUCUGUAGUAAAAGCCACUCCACAAAAUAUUGCUCCAGAAGUUCGGGAUGGUUUCAACAGAGCCAAUCAACGAUUUUUCUUUAAUAUUGCUCAGAUCGAGAAGAAAUAUUCAAAUUUAACGACUUCUGGCAUCGUUUUUGGAUGUAACGACGAAAGUGUAAGCGUUUUAGCUUUCGUUUUUGUUUGUUUAGGUGGUCAAGAGUGUAUAGACGUUAAUUUGGGUGUUUUUGGUCAGUUAUUUUGUGUUUAUAUUGUUGUGGACAUUGAAGGGUGGUGAAAUAUCUUCUUUUUGGUAUAACUUUUUUCUAAACAAAGCUGUGAUUAUGAAUUUUUGUGGGAAUAUUAACUAUUUUAUGGUUUAUAUUAAACAAUAAAAAAAGUUAUGAACUUCUUAUCACUUUUGAAGUUACAAUAGAUUUACCAUACCUCGCUAUACCAAAUCCUGCUAUUUCUUUUUUAAAAUAUUUUUUGAUUUUAAGGUAGAAUUCGAUGAAACCGUGCAAGAUGCAGAGGACGAUGACCUUCUUAUUAAUGCUGUCAGACGAGAAUUGAAUCAUGUUGAUAGCGAUUACGGAGGUUCUUUAUUAUGUGCACCAGCUCCUGACCCAGAUGAAUCUGAUGAAAAGAACUUGACAAGAUGGAUGAAACUGAAUAAAGUACGUUUAUUUUGUUGAUAUUAGUUUGGAUUUUAGGUAUUUGAACGUUUCUUUGAGUUGGAACGUUCUUGAGUUUGAAUUUGAAGGGCAAGAUUAUGUUGUAGUAGGUGGAAAGUUAUGUUUUACUUUUUAUAUUGGUUAUAAAAACUUCAUUAUAAGAUUUAUCAGUGAUAAAACUUUUUCAUAAGUUUUUUAAACAUAAUUUUUACUAAUUUAGGUAUAUGACAUCCACUACACUCGCCAAAAAGCCAAGGAAAAUGCUCCACCCAAGUUUAAGCAGCCAGCUUUGCCAUCGACGAAGAAAAGGAAAGCGAUUGAAGAUUCAGCACCAGAUCGGAAGCGACAAUUGGUUAAUAUAUCAGAUAAUACUCGGAGUUCAAUACUUGAUGGGCCUUUGGAGAGGUCACCUGAUCAUAGAAUGGCAUUAGAUAGCAGGAAAGCGGCAUUAGUUCAGCCAAACCUAUAUCAAAGAAUGGGGAUUAUGGGAAAUAUGGGACAUGAUCAAAGUGAGUUUUUUAAGAUUUAAACCUUUUUUUAGUUUUACAUUUAAGGCUUAAACUUACUUUUUAGGUUUAAGUUUUUAAGAAAUGUAAUAUCAUCUUUUAGGGUCACUUAAGAGCGCGGCCAUAGUAUCAGAAUCGAUAAAAAGUGGGGCAAUAGCAUCAAGACAAGAAGAAGAACCAGAAUUCUUAAAUGAAACAAGGAUAUCGGUAUUUAAGUUACCUUCUUGCUCAACGCCAAAGGCGAUUACUGUAAGUUCCAUUAAGUUUAAAGUGAAAAUCAGUUCACUUUUGGCUUGAAUAGUCCUACUUAACCUAACUUAUGCUUUCUUAAUGAAUCUAGUACCACAUGUAUCGGUUUUUUAUAGUACAAUAAAUUUGGUACCAAAUGUACCAUUUUGCUUAUAGAUUUGCAAAACUGGUACUUUUACUGAAGCCUGGUACUAUAUUAAGCUAAAAUAGUGCUCUUUUUAAUCACUUGGUGCUAUAUUUAAAGGCUGGUACCAUUUUUGUGAUUUAGUACUAUUUUUGACAAAAUUAGUACAAUUCGGAGCCAAGGACUAUUUUGAACUAUUACGUACUAUUUUAACAAAAGUAGUACAAUUUUACAAAACUGGUAUUAUUAUGAGCUAAAUAGUUUCAUUUUGAAAUAUUUCGUACUAUUUUUAAUAAACCAGUACUAUUUUUGUCUUUAUGUACCAAAUGUAGCACUGUAGUACAAUUUUUGCCUCACAGUACCAAUUAUAGUACAAUCCUUUUCAGUACCACAAUGUGAACAGCCCAAUGACGCGCCUCCGGCGCAAAUGUCUCGAAAUCGACCACAACUACGACCUAAACCAGUCGAUCUAUGCAGAUGUCGACGAAGGCGAGUUCAUCCGCCGCUGGCUGAAAGACGUGAAACAGAAAAUGAAAGCCGGCGAUCUUGAUAAGCGCAUAUUCCCAAGAUGGCAGCGGAUCGAGACUGCCGACCACAUCGACCAGGUCAAACCGGUAAAUCAACGCCGAAAAACCAAAUAA